AUUAAAUGAAAGUAAAACCAUUGCAACCGUUGUUGCGCCAUGGAUUCAACGAGCGUCGAGCUUAAAGGCUGAAAUAACGAUGCAUCAAGAUUUGGAAAGAAAACUGCAACAACAUAGUGACGAAAUUGUCAAACUGAUAAAGGACAUCAAACUAAAGGAUCAAUUGUUGCAGGAAUCUAAUGUCAAAAUUGAAAUAUUGGAAAAGCGUAUGGAAGUUGCUAAAAAGCAGGCAGAACAAAUUGCCUUACUAGAAGAAUCACUCAAUAAAUCGCAGACACAAGAACAAAUAUAUGCUGAGGCCAUAGAAAACCUUCGAACGGAGUAUGAGACACUUGAACAGGAAAACUCAAAGUUGAAGAAAGACAUGGCCAGCAAAUCAGAGGAAAAGAAAUCAAUGCCAAAGCAGAGUAUCGAUCUAAGUAGUGCCACGAGGGGUUCAGUAGUUGAUUUUGCAGCAGAUAUAGGCGAAAAUGGCCCUGCUCAAUUAUACAGGCUUGGACUGCAAGUAGAAACGUUACAAACGGCUAUCCGUUACUUACGCGUUGAGAAUGCUUAUCUGAAAGCCACCGAUGCUGCUCGAACGCUUGAGCUAGACAGCCAUAGUGCUACGUCAAUUAUUGACAGACCAAAUCAAAAACAAAGCGAUAAACCUUGCAAAUCGCUGAUAGUCAAUUAUACUAACGAAGCACGAAGGCUCGUUAAAGAUGCACGCGCUGCCAUUGCCACACCGAAAGUGGUUCGACUUUCACCAGGCGCGCGCGGUGGUAAAUGGCAAAGUAAAGAGCAAUUACCAUACUAUAAUCAUUAUAUGCAGAAGUCCGUUCUUUAUACAAUUCAACAGAGGUGUGAACAACUCAAAAAGAAAGUAGCCAUUGUAUCACCCACUUGUCUGGAAAGACCUUUUAGAGCAACAGGCUUUACAAAGGUAAUGUCGCAGUAUCAUAAAAGGCGUUUGACAAUGAAUUGAAAUUACUGUCUCUCGCAAGUACAACUUUUGGUUAUUCAUCUGAAUACUUUCCUAUUAGGAUUGCAGUAAAAAGGAGCCCUAUUCUCAAACGUUGAUCAAGAUACAGCUGCCAAACAGGAACGAAUCAAUGAAUAAUAGAUGUAUUCAGUUAAAGAGUCUAUCCGAAUUUGAAAAAGUUCACAGCAUCUUCACGGCUUGAAUACUCUCUUGUAUGAAAAG